AUGGGUUAUCUAGUCUGCAAUACACAGCAGCUAAACACCAACGCUGAGGAGACCAGUACCAACAAAAGUCAGAUUACUGAACUGAGAUGCACUCUUCAAGCCUUGGAGAUAGAGCUGAAAUCCCAACUUGUUCUGAAACAAUCUCUUGAAGCCACCUUGACAGAGACAGAAGGUCGCUAUUGUGCACAGCUUUCAGAAAUACAAGUGGUGAUUAGCAGCGUGGAGACACAAGUGCAACAGAUAAGGGAUGACAUGAAAUGCCAGAAUUCAGAGUAUGAAUUACUCCUGGACAUCAAGAUUCAUCUGGAAAAUGAGAUUGAGGUUUACCGCCGCCUGCUAGAUGGAGAGGGAAGUGAUUCUGGAUAUGGAGGUCCUGGAUGUAGAAGUUCUAUUUCUGGAGAUUCAGGAUCUAGAAAUCUAGGAUUUGGCACAGAUUUGGGAUUGAGAGGUACAGGAUCUGCUACAGUUUCAGGCUCUAGUGGUUCUGGCGCUGGUACAGAGUUGGGAUCUAGACGUUCUGGAUCGGCAAGCUCUGACUCUAAGUCAGGCGAUAUCAGCAAAGAACUAACGAAAAUCAGAGUGAUUAAAACAAUCAUUGAAGAGUUAGAUCAGCAUGGUAGAGUCACAUCAUCUAAGGUACAGUCAGUUGAAGAGAAGCCAAUAAGGUAA